AAUUCUAGACGCGCGUGUGUAUAUGGUGGGUUUGUAUGACGUACAACUAUUUAUCUCGAUGUAGACUUUCGGCAUGUUUUUCCCGAUAAACCAAACUAACUUGAGGGUUGAUUGAGGAAGGGAUAGAGAGAUGCGAUCGCCAUUGAGGAGAAUUAUUGAUUGAUGUAGGUGGUUUGAGGAACAAGAUUAACUCCAUGAUAACGCCAGCUAGUCCGGAUGUUUUCUCUCGGUGUUGACCGGGGAUAUUCAAGUGAGAUAAUGGAAUAGAGUGAUGAUGAUGAUUUAAGUCAGUCGUAAUAAAUCGUGUAAGCGUAUUGCUUAGUUCUGUUUGGCAGGACAUGCAAACUGCGCAACGAAAUACAGACAGAACAAAACCAAGUUAGUUGCAGAUUUUGGAAAUCUUGUGGAUUGGCGUUAAAUGACAAUAAUUUUUCUUGGUUAUCAACAAAUGCAGGAAUAUUUGUAGAAAUCUCUUUCGGGUUGUUUUUAGAUCUGAGACGUCACCAGUUUGAUGUGAUUGUAGUAAAUUUUCUUUUUGAUUAUUAAAUGAGCUCAGAUUAUUUAAGAAAGUGAUUUUGACAUUUUUGAUUCGAUAAUGUGUUUAUAUACCAGUUGAUGUCGUCACCAGUUAGAGAAUUAUAAUGGUUGUGCUCAGAGAUGAUCGUCAAGACCCAAUUUAUGAUGAAGAAGAAGAAGAUGAAGAGAUUUUGGGUUCUGAUGAUGAUGAACAAGAAGAUCCACGAGAUUAUUGUAAAGGGGGAUAUCAUCCAGUAAAGAUCGGUGAUUUAUUUCAUCACAAUAGAUACCAUGUUGUACGUAAAUUAGGCUGGGGUCAUUUCUCUACAGUCUGGCUCUGUUGGGAUUUACAAGAAAAACGGUUUGUAGCAUUAAAAGUGGUCAAGUCUGCUCAACAUUAUACCGAAACAGCUGUUGAUGAAAUUAAAUUAUUGAGAUGUGUGAGAGAAACGGAUGAAGAUGAUGCUUAUCGUGAGAAAACUGUUCAAUUAUUGGACGAUUUUAAAAUAUCUGGUGUGAAUGGAACCCAUAUUUGUAUGGUGUUUGAAGUAUUGGGUAAUAAUUUAUUAAAGCUGAUUAUUCGAUCUAAUUAUCAAGGUAUACCCGUUGAAAAUGUUAAAUGUAUUAUAAAACAGGUGUUACAAGGUCUUCACUACCUGCACGUCAAAUGUAAGAUAAUUCAUACAGAUAUAAAACCAGAAAAUAUAUUAAUGUGUGUCGAUGAAGCCCAUGUUAAACGCUUAGCAGCAGAAGCCUUCGAAUCUCAAAAAACAGGAGCUAAAUUAUCUGGAUCUGCCGUGAGUACUGCUCCUAAAGAAAAACCCGUUGAUCCCUCCAAAAUGUCUAAAAAUAAACGGAAAAAGAUAAAACGCAAGAUGAAGAAACAGUUAAAGUUAAUAGAAAUAAAUGAACAACAAAUGGAAGAAGUUACAAAACAAAAAGAAAAACUACCGAGUUCUGAUAGCAUUAAUAGUCUUGGACAAUCCAGUCAAGAUAUGCCCGAGAGUAGCAGUAGUAAUAGUCUUCAACAUACCAGCCCAACUUUCUCACAUAGUGAUAGUACUGCCAGUCUAAGUAACGGGUGCGGGACCAUAGAAAAUAUUGGACGUCUUGAAGAAGACGAACAAGCCCAUAUAAACGAAAAUCCAGUUGUUAUGACAACCGAUAACAAAAACAGUGAAGAGAGUAAAACAGAACAAACUAAUAACAAUGCUUUAGAAACUGUCUCACCCACGCCAGAGGAAGACACUAAAGAUGAGAAAACGGAAACCAUGACAACCGUUGAAGAUAACAACCUCAAUAAUCAGAUUAUACAACAAGAGGUGACGGUCACAAACAGUCUGAGCGAAACAUCGGCCAUCGCAAAACUUAACGUAACCGAUGACGAUGAAGAAGAGAAACCAGUGUGUAACGGACAUGAUAGCGGAGUUAUUUCACCCAUCAUGGAGGAAGAAGAGGUUUUGGAUAAUGGAGAAAUGGAUCACUCGCCGUCGGAUGUGAAUGUCGCGAAAUCGGAAGACAACAAUGAUGAAGAUGGAGAGUUUGUCUCGGCCAGUACUAGUAAUGAGGAUCAAGGUAAUUUAUCUAGUAAAAGUUCUCUAGAUGCUGUACAUGAUGUGUUUGAAAUACCUGUUAAAAUAGCUGAUCUUGGUAAUGCUUGCUGGACGCAUCAUCAUUUUACGGAGGAUAUACAGACUCGACAGUAUCGAUGUUUGGAAGUUUUGAUUGGUGCUGGUUAUGGCCCACCUGCAGAUAUUUGGUCAACUGCUUGUAUGGCUUUCGAGUUAGUGACAGGUGAUUACUUAUUUGAGCCUCAUUCUGGUGAAGGUUAUAGUCGUGAUGAGGAUCAUCUAGCGCAUAUCGUGGAACUUCUCGGUCCGAUUCCACGACAUAUAGCUCAUGCUGGCAAAUAUUCCAGAGAAUAUUUUGAUAAACGAGGAGAACUACGUCAUAUCACCAAAUUAAAGCCGUGGAGCUUAUACGAAGUCUUGAUGGAGAAAUACGAAUGGGAUUCUGAAGACGCAGAGGCAUUUUCCGAUUUCUUGAUCCCGAUGUUAGAGUUUGAUCCAAAUCGUCGUGCAACAGCUGAAGAAUCUUUAAAGCACCCGUGGCUCUAUUCGUGACCUUGAUGAUGUAACGUUGCCGCAACGUUACUUGUGUCACGGAAGUUCAAUCUUUUGUGUGAUGAUUAUAAUUUUUAAAAAGUUUAAGAGAAAAAAAAAAAAAAAAAAAUGAUGGAACGUUGUUUGAGACGAAUUCGGAUUUAAAAAAACUGGAAUUCACUUAAUACAUACAGGCUGUUGUUCAUGUUCAAGUUGAAACUUAGCUUGUGAAAUAAACAGAGUUAUACUAUCACAAUAUUACCGCCUAUCUUGUUCCUUCUAUCCAUGUCUCGUGUAUAUUUAUGUAGGUCAACAUGGAGGAUGUUACUAUGGCAACUAGUGUAGCAUUAUUUACCCAUAAUUCACCAAAUAAAGAUGUCCGUGUCAAGCCAUUAUUAUCAUGUGUAUGUUACUACAAGGUGUCAUGUGAUUAUUUAUCAAAAAAGGAUAUAUUUUAUAAAAUUAUUAACCGUAUGUAUGAUGUGAUAGCUGGUGUCUCGUAUCCUGGCAGUAGAAUUUUACAACAGUAUUUACAUAACCUUUAACCUCUGUCUCUAUCACGCUGUUAGACAUUUUCCGACUAUCUUUACUGAGAUUUUAAUAUUUUCCGUAACCCUUGCCAACAGUCAUAUCAUAAUGAUAAUAGAUUCAGAUGAAAAACAAAACCCUUAGAUUGAAAUUCAUUAUAAUCAAUAUGUCGACUGUAUGUUGGCUGUACAACUCGAGUUAGUAAGCAGUAGCGAGUAUAGAUCUGCGUCCAGUAUGAUUCGUGGAUACUGUCAUUUCAUCUUCCUGCCCCUAAAACCAGCAACAAUUUUAAUCUUUAAAAUAUUUGCAGACUAGUAAAAUAUUUACAGUGAUAUUUUUCCAUUAGGACUAAGACUAGUAAUAGUCUCUCCAUUGACCACAAUGUAAAUCAAAGACAAGGGAGAUAAUAAACAGCCCUGUAUGGAGUCAGACUACUAAUUCUCUCUCCAUGCCGUUUCUUUACCAGUAACAUUUUUUCUUUGAGCAUUCCAAUGAUCGUAAUCUUUAUAACCACAAACGUUUUAUAAAAUUAUCUUUUAGAGGGGUGGGGUUGUGGGGGAUGGCCGAAUAGUAUCAUAAGGUCUGUUAUUGAGUCAACUGGUGUGAUUUCGACUCACCGGUUUUACGUGACAAGGAGUAGGGUCGCCUGUCCAACCUCAUGUCUUUUCUCCGGGUCCUCUGGUUUCCUACCACUGCUAAAGACUCCUACGCGCGAGCGAAUUAUUGAAAUAAAAUUGAACCAUAUGUUAGUCCCGAAAUGACCUAGUUUGUGUGAGGUGGACGUUAAACUCCAUUUCUCUCUCUCUACUAAAAGUAAUAAUAUUGUCAUUAAGGGGAGCCUGGUUUCAUUAGCUCAGUCAAUGCAGAAAAGUAGGACGUUAAACUCCAUUUCAUUUUCAUCUCAUUAAAGGCUCAAUACCACUCUUGUUGUAACUGAAUAAUAUGUCCCAAUCUUUAUUCUGGUCAACAAAUUGUACUAUUUUACAAUAUUCCAAUUAAUUGAUGAUACAAAUUUCAUCUUAACACACCUACUUUAAAAAAUUGGAAAAAUUCAACUAAAUGAUUUGAAAAGCCUGACUUUAAGCUUUUCAAAUGUGACUUGGAUUUUAAAAAAUUUUCGAACCCUCUGUACAAGUAAAAUAGGAUGUAAUGGAUAAUUUACACAACAGGUAGGACACUUAAACAUCUAAUACUUAGAAUAAGGCUAUUAUUUAUUUUCUGGAGCUGUCAAGCCAGCAAGAGUGUUAUUGUCCCUUUAAGGGGAGGGGGGGAUAGGGAGAGAAUAAUAAGAAAGAAUUGCUCCAUAUAAAAAAACUACAUUGGGUUAUUUUGCAAAAUUGUUAAGCAUUGUAUAUGCUGUAAUUUGAGUAGUGGGUACUAAAUUCUAGUUAAUAAAUAGUUCCGAGGACCCAGAGCUCCCCAGUCGACCCCUGUUGGCCAGUCUUGUUUGAUUUUUUUAUUUGUCAAUAGAGUAUUUAAAGGGUGAUAUAUUUUCAUAGAUUAAAGUAAAUAUAAUAAAAGUACUUCUACUUUUAUAGUAGAUAAAUAAAUUAAAAAUACAUGUAUGUCCAGUUUUAAAAAAUCAUCCACUUUUACUUCUUUAUUCUGAUUUACAUCAAAUGAUAAACCAAUCUGGUUAAAACACAGAUCCUAUUUCGUUUCGUUUUUUUAUAGUUCAAAAUUUCGUUUUAUUUGUAUGUACUACACUAGGAUCUGGUCAGAUUUUCAUGUAGUUUAGGCCAUGGAGAGUAUUAAAAAACCCGAAAUGAAAUAUAGAUCUGUGUUUUAAUCAGAUUGAUGGAUGGCUAGCUGUCUGACCUCUAUAGGCUUCUCCAGGUGUUGAUGCAUUUAAAUAAUUGUACAUACUAUACAGUGAUACAUAUGGUUUGAGUAUAAGAUAAUCCCAGUAAUAUGGAAUACCAAAGUUUCUAUUUGUAGUGCUAUACUAGAUUGUAGGGUGAACUAGUGCUAAUGCGUCAGUCCGUUCGUUCGUUCACUCGUUCGUCUAUUGGUGAAUUAUUGUUAUAGUUCUAUAUAACGUGACUACAGUAACUGUAAAAUAAUAAAACAUUUCUAAUGGUA